UUAGCAACGCGAGAUUAUGAUGAUCCGACGACAGGGGCCUGGAUGAAACUGUAUUUAUAUAUUGUGUGUUGGACACAAUCCUCCGGACGCUGUCAGUCGACUGAAUAAUCCGUGAAACCAUUUGUUGAUCAUCGAUUACGAAUGCUCGGCUAUGUGUUGUGAUCGAUUUGACGCGAGGAGGCUAGAAGGAGGCAAGUCCAUGACACCAUGAGUCCUCCAGCUCUGCCCGUGGUCUUCUGCUGUUGUCACAGGAAAAUUUGGUUGCAUUCAGCAGCCGGAGGCAAACGCAGCUCCUUUCUCCACCCGAUUAUUAUCUGCCCCCGUAAGUUGCUAUGGAAGGACGAGCAAAAUGAAUAGAUACACUACCAUCAGACAGCUCGGGGAUGGCACCUACGGCUCCGUCAUCCUCGGCCGCAGUCUGGAGUCCGGAGAGCUGGUUGCCAUAAAGAAAAUGAAAAGAAAAUUCUACUCGUGGGAAGAAUGCAUGAACCUUCGUGAAGUCAAGUCCUUAAAGAAACUCAACCAUGCUAAUGUGAUCAAACUUAAGGAGGUAAUUCGAGAAAAUGAUCACUUGUACUUCAUAUUUGAGUACAUGAAGGAAAAUUUGUAUCAGCUCAUGAAAGACAGGACUCGGUUGUUCCCUGAAUCUGCUGUAAGAAAUAUUAUGUUUCAGAUACUUCAGGGGCUCGCAUUCAUUCAUAAACACGGGUUUUUUCACAGGGACAUGAAACCGGAGAAUCUUCUGUGCAUGGGCCCAGAGCUGGUGAAAAUAGCCGACUUUGGGCUUGCCCGAGAAAUCCGAUCGCGGCCACCAUACACAGACUAUGUCUCGACUAGAUGGUACAGAGCCCCGGAGGUGCUCCUCAGAUCCACAUCCUACAGUUCACCCAUAGACCAGUGGGCAGUUGGAUGCAUCAUGGCAGAGCUUUAUACCCUCAGGCCUCUUUUCCCAGGCUCCAGUGAAGUAGACACCAUAUUCAAGAUUUGCCAAGUCUUGGGUACACCAAAGAAGAACGAUUGGCCAGAGGGAUACCAACUGGCAAGUGCUAUGAAUUUUCGUUGGCCUCAGUGUGUUCCCAGUAAUCUGAAGACACUGAUCCCGAAUGCGAGUCCUGAAGCAAUCCAUCUGAUGACAGACCUGCUUCAGUGGGAUCCCAAGAAGAGACCAGCUUCAGCCCAGGCUCUCAGGUACUCUUAUUUCCACGUGGGCCAGGCUUUGGGCACUCCUCAGCAGAUCCUGGAGCAGGGCAGACCUCAGCCAGGCCUUGUGCCGCUGCAGGCUCCUUUGCAGUCACAACAGAUGCUGCAGCAGCAACAACCCCUGCUGCUCAAGCCCGUGCCCCCCUCCCAGCCUCCACCUUCCAACCAACACUGCUCCCCCUCCAGGCCUCUUCAGCAGAUCCAGCCCUCCCCUGUAUCCGCCGCCGCCCAGGCAGCAGCAUACCAACGGCACACAGAGCUGGUGCGAGAGCAGCAAGCCAAGCACAUCCUAAAGCAGGAACAGACAUCACAAGGAACCCCACAGGGCCACCUUCCUUACAUUGUUGACAAGAGUCUCCAGAGCAAGCAAACGAGGCAGGAGUCAGAAAAUGCGAACCUACUGAGCUAUCAGCUUAAACCGAAAGGAGGGCGGCGGCGUUGGGGCCACGGCACAGGACACCUGAAGGGUGAAGACUGGGACGACUACGAAGAAACUGAUCUGACCUCCAUAAGUAUUCUCGGGAAAAGUAACUUCUCCGCAGAAAAGUCGAGGCAGGGGGAGGAUGCACUGAGCAGAUAUGGAAAUGUUCUGGAUUAUAGUCGGCCCAAAGGAAAAGAAGAUGCACCCUUAAACCUGAACAAGACCACAGCCUACCAAGAGCCAUCAAGAACCGCUUCUGCUAAACAGCAUUACUUGAGGCAGUCAAGAUAUUUACCUGGCAUUAGUACGAAGAAGAACGUGGCCAUAAAUGCCAGUAAAGACUUUACUGGCAGCCAUCUUUGGGGCAACAGUGCUAUUCCAUUUGGAGGGACUCUACCGAGCAGAGGCGCUCACGGUAAAUCUCCCAGGACAUCUCACACCUUGACCUCACUGCAAUCUCUGCAGCUUCUCACUGUUGUUUGUUUUUUAAUAUCAGGUACAAAUACAAUCCCGGGCGGAUACAUGCCGUCAUUUUACAAAAAAGACCUUGGUUCUGCUGGUCACCGGGUGCAUCAGGGCCCUUCAGUGGAAUCAACAGCAUCAAAUUAUGCAACAUGGCAGUCUGGCCGGAGUCCGAUGAACACCUCUGCCAACGUGCCGUUGGCCAACAAGAGCACCCCUGGUCUGCUGCCUCGCCCACCGGUACAGACCAUCCACGGGCGAACAGACUGGUCUGCCAAAUAUGGACACCGCUAGUGCCCUCCCUGGAGCUCCGAUCUGUGCCCCUGGAAGAGAGAUCUGCGCUCCUAAGAACUCUUUCUCACCUCCAAAGAGUAGGCCUAGUUGUUUUAUAAUGAAAGAAUCUGUACAUACAUCUUACACAGCAAUAAUUUGGUUCUUUUUUUUUUCAUUGUGUGUAUUAUGGGUGUCGUGCGUUGUGAGAGAUCUGUAUGUGUAUGUGUAUAGCUAAAUGCAACCAGCCAAAAUUUGAGCCCAGAUUUACUCCUCAGUGUUAUAAUUUGUAUUUCUGUAACAUAACUGCUGUCCUUACAGAGGUUACAACCUGUACCCUCAGUUUUGUAUCAGAUUUAUCAUUGAAUGUUGUUCACCAACCUGUAUACAUAAUAUAUGCAUAUUAUACAUUUAUGAAAACUUCACUGUGACUUGUUUUUGGCUAACUAAUUACUUUGCCUCUGUACAGUACAGUAUUUUCUUUUCUUUCUUUUUUUUUUACAUCCCUGCUGUAAUUUGUUUUAUGUGUAGCCUUAUCAAUCAGGUAACUUUUUAUUUGUGCGUUUUAAUGAAAUUCAAGGCAGUGCUUUAAUUUCAGUAAAAAUUAAUACAGUGCAAGUUGUUGCCACACUUUAUGAAUCUGUUUUUGGAAGUAAAAUGAUCUGAGUUAACAUGUUCAACUCCUUUGGCCAAACUGAGUGUGAUUAUUGCCAGUUAUUGAGUAUAAUUAAACUUUUGACUGGGUACCAA